AAAAAAAAAAAAAAAACGUUUGAACUACGUUUCGACUUGAUCUCUUCGUUGGAAGGGUACGUAGGUAGCUCGAACGUUUAAUUUUGAGUUCAAUCACAUCAAAAUGAGGUUGUAGUAAAAGUGACUAAUGAAAGUCAAUAUUAUUACGUUCUUUGUACAAAAAAAAAUUACAUGUUGUUGGUUUUAAAAAAACAAAAAAAAAAAAAAAAAGAAGCAAAAUGUCGACAAGCCCAAAAUGGUGGGCUGGAUUGUUGUGUUGAGGACAAAGGCCCAUAUACCCAAAAGAACCGGGCCCUACUCACUCUCAAAACCGCCAUACACCCACAAAAAGAUCGACCUCCACAAAAUAUUCCCCUUCACCAAGACCAAAGCCUGCGACAUCUACUGCGCCAAUCUCAAGAGCUUUUCCUUUUCCUCUCCCCUCUCUGCUUUCUCUGUUCUGCUGCUUUUCCUUUUCCUUGUUAUGCUCAAGAGGGUCAGAUAUGGCCGUUGAUUUCAUGGGUUACAGAAACACCAGCAGCAAUAGCAGCUUCUCCGCCGAGUUGGAAGAAAACGCCCUGCAGGAAGCGGCUUCCGGCCUCGAGAGCGUCGAGAAGCUUAUUCGGUUGCUGUCGCAGACGCAGCAGAACCAGCACCAAGAGAAGUAUCCGUUGACGGCUAUGGACAUGGAUUGCAAAGCCGUCGCCGACGUCGCCGUUUCCAAGUUCAAGAAGGUCAUUUCUCUUCUGGGUCGGACCCGGACCGGCCACGCCCGGUUCCGGCGAGCCCCUUUGACUUUGACUUCCGGGUCGUCUUUCCAACCUCAAAGAUUCCAUAACCAAGUUGCCCUUGAUCAUCUUCACGGCUCAGACUCCCUCCACCGGCAACGUCAUCUUCUCGGCGUCGCUCGGCAGUGCUCGCAUGUACUAUCCUAUGUCUUCCAGUCAGGAGCUUGUUAACUCCUCCCAGGAAAAUCACAGGAAGUUUGCGUUGGGGCUGUUGGAGAAAGCUAAAGAGAUCUGUGCUAAUCAUGGGGUAGAUGCAGAGACAGUCACAGAAGUAGAAGA